AUGGAUUUCCGGCAGUCGCUAUUGCAUGUUCCGACGGAAGGAGGUUGUCGUCGGACUGACACAGUUGAAUUGUUCAACGGCAAAGUGUUAGAGCUUUGUCGGAAGCCACCCAGUGAUUUCCUACUGGAUACCGUUGGUAUUUCCAAAGAAGGUUCUGUCAUUGACAUUCCCCAGCUUUUACAAGAGAUCGAAGAGACUGACCGACGUCGAAAGAAUAGAGCACACAUUGCAGAGCUAAGCAAGGAAGGAGUCAUACCGAGUAUCUCUAUUUCUGACACCAUUUGGACAGAGAAGUAUCGACCCAGAUCGUACUUACAAAUGUGUACUGCUGGUAAUGAUAAGGCACUCCGUCAAAUGAUGCAUUGGUUGACGCUGUUUCGAGUUUCAGACGACGAUAAACCUGAACCAGAUAUUCCAGACAGAGUCCAUAAGAAGAUCCUUCUUGUUCAUGGACCAGCUGGUAUUGGGAAGACCACAGCUGCACAUGCUCUACCUCGUCAAGCACGAUACAACGUAGUAGAGCUUAAUGCCGCCACGUCUUUUGAUUCCAUUCCAGGAGUAUCUGUUGCAGCCACUAUCCGGCUACGGAUAGUCAAUGCUCUUACCAUGAACCAGAUCAACACCAGCACCAAUAAGAAUAACAGGAAUAUGAUGACCACAAGACCCACGUGUUUGGUUAUAGAUGAACUUGACACCAGUAUCCAUUCCAACGAGAUCGUGCGGGUCUUGGAGCAGCUCUCAAAGGGUACUGUCUUGGGUAAUGGGAAGAGUAAACGUAAGUUUGUGUUGAACCGUCCUGUUAUUUGUAUUGCCAAUGAUUUGUAUGCAAAUAAUAAUGGCCCAACAUUCAGUAGUUCUACAGGUCGGCGAUUUGGGUCUCCAAUGGAACGAUUGCGUCCUCUUUGUGAAACAGUGGCCUUCAAAAGACCAAUGACAGCCAAGAGUGGGACAGCAAUUAAGACCCUCAAGGACCAUCUUACUCACAUAGCGUCUCAAGAACAUUUGGAAGUAAGUUCUCGUGAUGUCAGCGACAUUGUCUCUAUCUGUGAUGGAGACAUACGUGCAUGCAUUAACCAUUUACAGUUCCAUGGAGGCUCCGGAGGAAAUACAAGCAGCAACAGCAGCAGCACAAUCGACUCCGUUCCUCAUUGGUUCCAUGUUGUUGAUGAUACAUUUAAACGAGACCCAAAGGUCACACGAGCUGUGAAUUUCAAUAGGAUGCUUCAAUUCUAUACCACGGGGAGUGGACGGGCUUCUGUGGGCGCAGCUCAUGGGAAGAUCAUCCGAGGUUGUUUCCAACGAUAUUUAGAGGCUGUUUCUGUUGAUGAAGAUACCAUUGUCAAGCCCGCCCGAUUGAGUGAAUGGCUCGAAUUUUAUGACUGUUAUCUCAACAGUAGUACGGCACAGAUCAUGCUUUCGGAUUCUUAUGUUAGCAUUGUGUGGUUAAAGCUAUGGUCACUUUUCAACACCAGUGCCAAACUUAAUGGUGAUGCCAUUGCCAGUAGUCGAACUACUGAUUUUGCAUGUUCCGAAGACGCUCGUCGGAAUAAUGCCAUAAUAACGAGUGUGCGAGAACAAAUACCUUUGGGAGUUAGGCUUGCUAUUGGCAGUGAACCUUGGACUGCCAUAGUUGUGCCGUUAUUGUAUCAGAUGGUUUAUCUGCCUGGAAGUGAACGUGACACCGAACAAGUCUCACAAGCUGCUCAACUUGUUACUGCGUUAGGGUUUGAGCUUUCUACAAGAUAUGAUCCAGACACCGGAAGAGAUGUGACGGCCAUGGUACCAGAUUUGGAUCUGGUAGCUACUUUUGGAGUGAGAAGCAACCCCAAACGUUGGCUUCUAUCAGCAUUAGCAAGAGAACUUGCAAAGAGACUGACAGCCGAGGGUGCUGCUGCUGCUGCUGCUGCAGUGAAGGAGAAGACAGAAGUUACGCAUAAGCGAACAUCUGAGAACGGUGUGCCCCAACCACCAAAGAGACAAAGAGUAGAAAUGUUUGGGUUGAACAACAAUAGGCCGGUUGCAAACAGCACAAAAGGUUCAUUCAAACCAGCACGUACAUGGGUGAAAUACCAUGAAGGGUUCUCCAAUGCUGUGAGAAAGAACAUUGGAUGGGAAGAAUUAUGGAAAUGA